AUGAAAUUAUGUCUUAUAGGAUUGGGAGGGCUGGGGACAGCCAUUAUAAACAGUUUAACAGAAAAGAGUGGGGUUAGUCUUAGUCAUAUUUUUCUUAUUGAUAUUGACACAGUAGAAUUAUGUAAUACAGCAAACCAACUGUACACAGAGAGUGACAUAGGAAAGUAUAAAGUAUGUGCAACAAAGGAAAGACUUUUAAAUAAGAAGUAUAAAGGCAUUAUACAUACGUAUAUUAUAGAUAUAAAUAACCCUAUAAGUAUACCACAGGAUGUAUUACACUGUGACUUGUACAUAUCAGCACUUGACACGUAUGAGAGUAGAGUUAAUUUUUAUUAUUACGUAGUACAGGAAUCAUUCAAUCCUAAGAAAAUGUACAUAGACACAGGAACAGAAAGGUUUAAAGGACACUGUUUUUUUAGUAAAGGAGUAAUAGAUAAACCGUGUAUUUACUGUAUUAAAUGGUUAUUUCCCAACCCGAAUACACCAGUACCUUUAUGCAGUAUAAGGAAUAAUACGCCUCAAGAGAUAACAGAAGAAACAAAACCAUUGGUUAUUAUGAAUAUUCUAAGGGGAGUAUUAAGUGAUAAUUCUGUGUGGUGUACAGACGAAUACACAGAAACUGCUAAAAUAUAUAAUAACACGUAUAAUACAGUAGGAAAUGAAAUAAUAGACAGUGAAUACGUUAAAUCCAUUGAAAAGUACUUGGAAAUAGAGCCAAAUACACCAAUUACAUCAUUUAUUAUGGCAAAUAUUGUUGUUAGAAUUAUUCAUAAAGUACCAGAUGGUAAUUUUCUUAUAUACUCUGGUGAUGGAAUACCUUCCUUUUACUUACACACACUCCAAGCAGACCCUUUAUGCUUACUAUGCUCGUAAUAUUUAUGAAUUUAAAAUAACCCGAUAUAACCCGAAUGUCUAAAAUAUCAAGUUUAUUUAUUUAUGUAAAGGCAAAUGUCUCCUCUAAAUAAUAAUAUUCGCACACUUUCUAUUUUGAAUUAUUUCAUAUAUUCAAAUAUAACCCGAAAAUUUGUGUACAUACUUGAUAUAGCCAGAAAUUCUAAUGGGAAUGUGCCAGACAAAUAAGUCCUGCCCCUACUAAAUAUCCACAUAAAAGGUAGAAUAUUUUCAUUCCAUUGGUUAGAGAGUGAACAAUUGGUGGCAGCAUUUCUACCAGCACAAUAAAUGACAAACUACCAAAGGAGAUGCCUGUAAAUAUACUCUUUAUGAGCCCACCACUGAAAAUGUUUGAGAUAAAGUAUGCAGAAAGCAUUCCAAUUGGGGUAAGUGAGGAGUAGACUAAUAAUAGGCCAACAACCACGGGUUUCUUAAAUUGAGAAGAAAACAAAGCAACUCCCACAGUAACUGACUCAAGCACUUUGUGCACUGCAAGGCCUAUGAACAGUGUAGACUGCCCUGCCUGCCCAGAAGUAAAUGCAAAUCCUUCAAAUAUUGAGUGAAUAGAGAAAAUGAAUAUAAAUAUAAGUGCCUGUUUUAUCGUGGUUUUAUAUUUUAAUCCUUCUGU